CUCCUCAGAGCACACGGUGUGACGCUUCAUCCAGGGACCCCUCCCAUUCUCCACAACAGCAUCUUUUCUACUACUCGCUCCGGCCCAUCCUUGGACAAGAGCAGGUGGAAAGGGGCCUAGGAACGGGUUAACAGCCGCUAUUUUCCUGACUUCAUGAGGUGUUGGGUAUGCACAAUUCAGAGUAAGAACUCUUCAUAUCAUGAGGCUAUACACUUACCUCAGCUUUCUAUGCAUCGUUUCAGGCUCACUAAGUGAACAGUGCCAGGAUGGAGCUACUUUUGCUGAUGCAGCUAUAUCACCCAAUUUACAAAAAACACAUAUUAUGAGAGUGCCCAAUGCCCGGACCAUGUCUGAUUGCACAGCUGCUUGUUGUAACCAGUCAGGCUGUGACCUCUCUUGGAUGUUGGGCAGGCGAUGCUAUAUUGUGAACUGCCAACAUAAAGAGAGCUGUGAGCCCCAGAAAGUGGAACACAUGAAGCAUGUGAAAUCCUUCCUUACAUUUGUUCUGAGACCUUCUGAAAGAUUUAUCACAUUGCCACUUGGUAGUUUGAUGUCUCACAGAGGAUACCCGUUGGAAGAGACUGAUGAGUCUGAUGAGGACAUAGCGCAUUUUAAAGAUCUGUCAUUCCUCAAUAAGAAUCCUAGUUUCCUAGAUCUUGCAGACUACAAUGAUGAAUACAGUGAUCCCAAACUAGAUUUUCUUCCUUUAAGUUCCAAAAUAGAUCAUAAAGAAAACCAAGGUUUAGACUAUAUGGGGUGGAAUUCGCCCUACAAUGAACACGAUUCAAACUCUACGGCAGUAGAAAUUGGCACACGCAAUGAGAAGCCAGAAGAAGAACUGAUGGAAGUACCUACCUCGACUGUAGAGCAAGUAUCUGAGCCACCUUUACUAAUGAACAUCCCUCCUCCAUUGAAACAAGCAGAAGGAAGUAUUUCACAUCCAAUAGAAACUGAUGCUGACAGUGCAAGUGAGUCAACAACCAUUUUACCCGUUAUCAUACAAACCUUCCCUUCUGUUACUGAGAUGACAACUAUUCAAGAGGUAACAGAACCCCAAACAUUAUCAACUCAUCUGUCUUCUGCUGCACUGCUAGAACAUUCUGUUGAACACACCACUGCAAAGAAGCCAUUUCAGCAGCUGACAGUUUCCACUCAAACAGAGAUACUAGUAGUCCUGCCCAAAAAUGAAGUAGAACUGAAUGUCUUUGUGGCACCUGAAGCACCAACAGAUAUGCCUUACUCUUUUGAAUGGAGUUUGAUCAAUCAGCCUGUGGAUCACCAGGGUCAUCUGGAUGCAAAACAUGCAAGAACACCCAAACUCUCCCAGCUUUCUCUUGGGAUAUAUGUAUUGAAGGUUGUGGUGUCGAAUGAGAACAGUUUUGGAGAAGGAUAUAUAAAUGUGACUGUCAAACCAGCAGCCCGAGUCAAUCAGCCACCUGUAGCUAUUGUGUCUCCAAAUACACAAGAAGUGUCUUUCCCUACAUCUGCCAUCAUCGAUGGAAGACAAAGUACAGAUGAUGGUAAAAUAGCCACUUACCUUUGGGAAGAGAUUGAAGGUCCUGGAGGAGAAUCUAAAAAUGUAGGUGACUCUCCAGUAUUGCAUGUAACAGAGCUGGUAACAGGAAACUAUACCUUCAGGUUAACAAUCACUGAUAAUGAAGGAGCAAUUAAUUCGACAACAGCCCAUAUUACAGUCAGCAAACCCAUUGAUUAUCUGCCUGUUGCUAAUGCUGGCCCUAAUCGAGUUAUAACAUUGCCACAAAAUUCUAUAAUUCUAAAUGGAAAUAUGAGCAGUGAUGACCAAAAAAUUGUCAGCUAUGAGUGGUCCUUGAGCCCCAGCAGUAAAGGCAAAGUAGUGGCCUUGCAGGGUGUUCACUCACCAUAUCUACAGGUAUCUGCAAUGCAAGUGGGAAAAUAUACAUUUGAACUGACUGUGACUGAUUCAUCGGGACAGCGUUCCAGUGAUAACAUUACAGUGACAGUACAGCCUGAGCCGAAUACCCCACCUGUUGCAGUGACAAGUCCGUAUAAAGAACUGAUUUUACCAAUGGAUUCCACAAUAUUAGAUGGAAGUAAAAGUAGAGAUAAUGAAGCCAUAAUAACCUAUAAGUGGGAAUAUAUCAGUGGUCCAUCCAAGGUGGCGAUUCAGGACAGCGAUAAGCCAAUGGGACUGGUGACUGGGCUCCAAGUUGGUGUGUACAUCUUUCGUUUGACCGUAAAAGACCAACAAGGCUUAAGCAGCACUGCUACCCACUCUGUAACAGUUAAAAAAGAGAAGAACAGCCCUCCUAAAGCCUGUGCUGGUGGAACCCACAUUCUUGUACUUCCAGACAACUCGAUUUCAUUGGAUGGCUCAAAAUCUUUUGAUGACCAGGAAAUUAUUUCAUAUUUGUGGAAAAGAGAUGGCCAGAGUCCUGCAGCUGGGGAUAUAAUGCACUCUUCUGAUCAUGAAUCCGUUCUUCAGCUCACCAAUCUGGUAGAUGGAAUAUAUAUCUUCCAUUUAACUGUCACUGAUGCUAAAGGAGAAACUGAUGUUGACACCGCAACUGUGGAAGUGCGUCCUGAUCCGAGAAAACAAAACUUAGUUGAAUUAAUUUUACAAGUGGGAGUUGGUAAAUUAACAGAACAACAAAAGGACACACUAGUGAGGCAGCUGGCGCUUCUCCUUAAUGUUUUGGAUACAGACAUCAAGGUUCAGAAGAUAGCAGCGCAUUCUGAUUUGAGUACUGUAAUCCUAUUCUAUGUGCAAAAUGGCCAUCCUCUGAGAGUUCAAAAAGCAGCAGAAGUGGCCCAGACUCUUCAAGACCAACUGCUAAAGGAGAAGGCAGACUUCUUUCCCUACAAAGUGCUCAGAGUCGAUACAGCUGCCUGCCUGUUGAAAUGCUCUGGCCAUGGACACUGUGACCCAAUAACUAAAUCCUGCCUUUGCUAUGCAUUUUGGAUGGAGAACUUGAUACAGCGUUAUAUCAGUGAAGGAGAAAGUAACUGUGAUUGGAGUGUGUUGUAUAUUGCUAUAUUAACCUUUGCAGUUGUUGCCUUUAUUAUGGCCAUUGUUUGGCUCUGCAUCUGCUGCCGCCAAAGCCAGAAACGGACAAAAAUAAGAAAAAAAACUAAAUAUACAAUCUUGGAUAAUAUAGAUGAACAAGAAAGAAUGGAGUUGACGCCAAAGUAUGGAAUAAAACACAGAAGCACAGAACACAACUCCAGCCUUAUGGUGUCCGAGUCUGAGUUUGAGAGUGACCAAGAUACUAUUUUUAGCCGUGAAAAAUUAGACAGGGAGAACCCUAAAGCCAAUGGAGCUCUCAAUAGCGGCACACCCUUCAACUUUAGCUCACAGUGCAGAUAAAGUGUUAAAAAUGAAAAAAAAAAGGAAGGAUGUCAUAACUUUAUAUGUCUUUGCACACACUGAGGUGGGUGACUUUUAAGGCAUUUAGCAAUGAAACUUUAACUCCACAUGCCGGGAGUAAAUGAUUUUUUCAAAAAUCAUUUUUGGGGUGGAGGACAGUUAUAUGUGGGCUACCGAAAUAGUUCACUAGCAAUUCCUUCCCAUUAUCCUCCCUGGAAAAAUUAAAAUUUGUUCUCUCCUAAGCAGACUUAAAGGAGAACUAUCGCAAAAAUGAAAAUUUUAUAUAAGCU